AGAGAGAGAGCAAUGUGAUCAGACGAAACGAUCUCGAAUCCCUCUCUCUCUCUCUCUCUCUCUCUCUCUGUAGACGUAGAGAGAGAAGGCGGUGGAUGUGUGGAAAUAUGAGAUCAUUUCCUCUUUUCUCACUGAGAGUGGCAUUUGCUCUCUCCGUCUCGCUUUCCUUCUCUCAAUCCCUCCUCGUCGUCCCCUCCUCCUUUCUCCCUCCUUCCCACCAUCCAUGGAGUAACCGAAACGUCCUCCUCUCGCGCUCAGCAACCCGACGUUCCAACCCCGCGACCGUCGCGGCCGACCUCGUCUCUCUUCUGGGUAGUGAGCAGGAAGCCGCCAGAGUCGACGCAGAGGUGGCUAGAGAACUAAGAUCGUGCCUCAGAUUCCUUGCACCCCUUUCAAAGAACACCCUUCUUCUUGAAGUUCCCGAUGGCGAUAGUUUUCCCCUCCCGAGGAGGAGAAAAGUAGAGGACAAUGAACCAUGGUGGUGGCGGAACCAACACCGUUUGGACGAGGCCAUCGACGAGCUCGUCCGAUGGCCGCCUUCUUCUGUAAUGGAGCUCGCCCGCCUCGCUGUCGAUUCUGGCGGGGACCCCGCAGCAAUUCAGAUGUGGCUGGACCCUACUAUGCAUCCGGUCCCAAAUGUUGAAGGAUGCAGGGAAGAUGAAUGCCAGUUAACAAGGACUACAUAUGGAAGACGAUUUAUAAACAAGGAAUUGAACUUGUACAUUGCUUUCUUGUUUGAAACAAUCAUUGCUCGCAGCCCAUCAAUUGGUUUCCCUGUGUCUUUGAGUCGAUAUGACCUGUUCCACGGACACCUUUUUCUUGCAGCUAAUUCUGGAAGACUCGGUAUACUGUUCCAUGCUAGAGAAUAUCCUGCAUAUGAAAAGAACGUAUUCCCAUACCAUAUGGGAUAUUGUCAGACAGGAUCCAAUGUGAGAUAUGAUAAGUCAAUGAAUUUUAGAAAUAUUCUUUGGUUGGCACCAUUGCCUGGCGAAAGCAGAUAUACUCCAUGGGAUGCCCCAGGUGUCCUGGUGGUUCUUGAUGCUCACCCUGGAGGCAUUAUUUACAAAGAACUUGUGCCUGAUUAUGUAGAUUAUGUCAGAACCAUCUAUGAAGGUGACUUUGGAGAUGUGGUUGUUGAUGUCAACUACCUGAAUGUGGAAGAUACUUCUACAGAAGAAAAAAUAUUUAUCUGUUGAUACUCUCUCUCUCUCUCUCUCCCUCCCGCCACAAUCACUUGUAUCAGUGCCAUGUUUGAACUUGAUAUCAUACUUGGUCCUCUGUACUUCAUGACUUGCUUGCUUCUCUCAAGCAGCAAAUGAGGCAACAUCUUCAAAACUUCAAGGCAUUUAUUGUUUUUUA